CCCGGAAGUGAGUGUUGUGUUAUGUGUUAAUCCGACCGUAGACGUGGAGGAAACAGUGUUUGUGUGAGAUCUGCUCGUGUGGUGUUUAAAGACGAGCUGAGAGAAAGAGAAAAGGGGUUCCGAGUUUGUUCUGUUUAGCCGAACCCGGUGCCGCUUCAUUAGCGGUGUGCGGAAUCCAGUGCCCGGUUAUAAACCCAGAGGAGAUGGAGGCGGAAGUGAAAAGCUAACAAACACUCCGGGGUUUUAUUUAUUUAUUUUUUUAUCACGGUACCGAUAAACACCAGCUGGUCUUCAGGCUCCUAGCGGCGGUGAGCUCCAGCUCCAGCUGCGGCCAUGGCGCCCAUGGGGAUCCGGCUGUCCCCGCUCGGAGUGGCGGUGUUCUGCCUGCUCGGCCUCGGCCUCCUCUACCACCUCUACUCCGGGGUCCUGUCCAGCAGGCUGCCCGCUCUGAGGCAGAAGAAGACGGUGGACCUGAGGGACCUCCUGGCCUUGUCCAUGGAGGCUGCGGUGCAGGGAGGCUGGGAGGUGAAGCGCAUCCGCAUGGAGGACACGCUGGAGGAAAAAUCCAAGGGCAAGACCAAAGAAGGAGCCUUGGAGAAGCUCACCCUGGGGGAUUUAAACUCGCACAGGAAAAUGUACUACCUGAUCAAAAACACAUAUCCUUACAUCCAGGUGAACUCUGAGGAACAUGAUAACGCAGACGGCGAAGCCACCGUAUGGACGCGUAACAUCCCGGACGAGGUCCUGAGCAAAAUCCCAGAGGGGAAGGUGGUGCCUGCGGAGAGCGUGACGGUGUGGAUCGACCCGCUGGACGCCACACAGGAGUACACAGAAAACCUGUUGAAGUACGUCACCACCAUGGUGUGUGUGGCUGUGAAUGGAGAACCCGUUGUCGGUGUGAUCCACAAACCUUUCACCAGGUUCACAGCCUGGGCGAUGGUGGGUGGAGGAGCAAACGUGGCGCCACGAAACUCCUACAACCCCAACGGCCCGAAGGUCAUCGUGUCGCGCUCACACGCGGGCAAAGUGAAAGGCUUCGUUCAGCAGGCGUUCGGGAACAGCACCGAGAUCAUACCAGCAGGGGGCGCAGGUUAUAAGGUUCUGGCUCUGCUGGACGUCUCGGAUGAGGAGUACGAGAAGGCGGACAUGUACAUCCACGUGACCUACAUUAAGAAGUGGGACAUCUGUGCCGGAAACGCCAUUUUGAAAGCGCUGGGUGGUCACAUGACCACACUAAAAGGAGAGGCGAUUGAUUAUUCGGGCUCGGAGAAGAACCCUGGCGGCGUGCUCGCGACAGUCAACAUCGACCACGAUGCUGUCGUGAAAAAGCUGCCAGCUUGGGACGAGAACAAAAACUAAAUGCGGGUUCGACAGACUGAACCGAGCACAGAACCGAUGUUGGACACGCACACGGGGGAGCUGGCUUCAGCUCGACUGCGAGUGGCGACGGGUGCGUGUUGAGCUUUUAGCGGCGUUUAUCUUUUUCUGGAGUAAUAUUUAACGACGCAGUGAAGGGACGAGCUCUCAGCGUGGCCGCGUUGGUCGUUAUUUAUUUUUUUAAUUCCACAUCAGACACUAACUUGAAUACUUUACUUUCAUGAUCCUCUGGUAACGUUCUGUCAAUAAGUGCAGUGCUGGGAGGGAUGCAUCGAUACCGCUUUUAAAGAGGAGUACAAGUCGGCGUUUUUUGGUUCUAGUGAAUCAGCAUUAAUCAGUCAGGAGCAUCGUGAAACGUUUCCUUUGGCUCUAUUUUUUUUUUUUUUGCUGCUAGCAGUGAAGAUUUUCCUCGUAUUGAGACGUUAUGGCGUUUAUCAGAAAGUGUAGCGACAACUCACCUGAUUUAUGAAUUAAAAUUCCAUGAAUUGUUGCUUGAUUCACGUCUCGGGGCUCAGUGCUCGCUGAAGUGAACUGCUCUCACACCCAGCAGUUUCUUUACACGCUCGUUUAACUUCCUGCCUUUUUAAAGACGCUGUUUAAACUCGGAGACGUUUCCUCAGGUCAGGUACUUGUCUGAUAAGAAGACGCUGUAGUUCCUAAUCUCGAACGUGCUUUCAUAUGGUAUCGGAUAUGUCGGGGUUUUUUUGUUUGGUUGUUUUUUUUCCGAGUAUGUGAUCAUGAUGGCGGGUUGAUGUGCGAUUUCGGUAUCGGUAUCGGUGCAUCCCUAUGUACUAAUACAUUUUAAAAAUAUAACUUUAUGGCAUUGUGAAAUCCGCAGACAGGAACAAAUUCAAAUCUGUCCAGCGUUAAGGAAGACGUUAUCUCAGGAGCACAAACUCCACCCACUUGUGUCAUGAUAUCAUGACUUGAGCAUUUCGUUUCACUCCCUGUAAACAAUUUGAGGAUCACACUCGUGUAUGACUUCACGCCUUCUCAGUUUAGUCAGUUAAAGGGUUAAUUCACUGGAAACAAAACAGUUUUGUCCAUCAGCUGACACGUCCAGCGUCUGAUGUUUAUGUCAUGAUUUUGCGUCGAAGCUGCAAGGUUGACGUUAACAAAACUUUCCACAAAUCCAUACACAAGUCUUUGUAUACGUGCUCCAUGAUGUCAUUUUGUCCAGCAAAAGUAAUGUUUACGUUACUGUCAGCUUUCGAAGAUGGCCGCCUCUAUUGAACAGUUAUUCCACGAAAUCGAAUCAUGCGUGAGCUGAUAGCUGACUUUUUUUUUUUUUUUGGGCAAAUUCGAUAAAUAAAAACUUUAUACAAAAUGUCUGACAAUCAUUUCUGCUCAGAAUGUAAAACUGGUGAAAUGACGAGCAAUUUGUGAAAAAUGCAAUAAUAAUAAAUAAAUAAAUUCUUGAAAAAUAAAAAAAAUUAUUUUUAUUCCAUAUUUUGUUACAUUUUUUAGGGUUUUGUUUUCGAGUAGUUUUUAUUUCGUCCUCGGUUGGUUCAGCAACGCGCUCUGCCAUUUUGUUUUUCUCUGCUCGCUGUAGGUAUAUGAGCGGAUAUCCUAGUAUCUGAUUAGAGGAGCCAAUCAGAGCGCGCGAUUUCUCAUCCAGUGAAUGUGGAGAGAAUAAAAUGUUCCAGCGUUCAGCUACAAGGUGAAGUUUAGAAAUAAGUCAGUCGCAGGUACUCGUUGAAUUCUCCGUUCUGAUUGGCCAGCAGUUCUGACAGUACUUGCAGUUUAUAUUUAACGAACUCGUUCUAAUAUAAUUAUCGUUUCCAUAGUAACGACUCGUCCAAUGAAUACUCCGCUAAUCACAAACGGGUUAAAAAAAAAAAAAAUGUAAUCAUGUGAUAUGGAAGGAGUCUCCAGUGUCGGUGAGGAACAGUGACUUCGUGUCGUCACACCACCUCGUCGUUGAUGCGUUUCCUGUAACAGCACGACCCCAAAACGUUGUUCCUGACUUCACUUCAGGGCAAAACAUCAAACACUGAAUGUGUCUCAGCUGAUCGAUGACGUUUAGUCAUUUCCUACUUCUCGUUUUGUAAGAUAUUCUGGUUAUUCUAAUCGGAUCGUUGCUGAUCUUUUCGUUUUCCUUUGAGAGCUUUGGAGAAAAGGGUGUAAUAUUAUUAUUUUUUUAGGUGUCUUUCUCUCUUCCUUCCCAAAUCAUCAACAAACACUACACGGACGAGCAGGUGAUUCUGGUUUGACUGUCGCACAUGUACUACACACUCGCUGUGAUGACUCACGGUCACGUGACUGCCCCGCCCAUCGUCUGUUGCUCCUCACUCUGCAUGAACCCGGAGUGUAAAUACGAUCCAGCACAUGGUAAUUCCGAGUUGUUUGCUGUUAAAAUCCUGCAUGCACUCUGUUUAUAUCCGACCGAGGCAUGUUGUGUGAUGUCAUCGUGCUAACUUAAAAUUAAUUUUCAUCUUUCAUGGGUUGGAAUAAAAAGCUUCUUCUGUUUUUGUGUGUGUUUUUGCUUGAAGGGAAUUUUCUGAGGUUGGGGCUUUGCCUUGUUGGAAGAUGUGAACUGUGUCUCACGAGUAUUUCUGGAUGAAGUGAUGAAAUAAAGUGCAGUUUACUGUAA